UCUCUCUCUUUCUAUAUAUAUAUAUAUAUACCAAGUUUUCUUCUCUUUGUAAAACCCAAACGUAAAAACUCUUGAUUAGCAACAUAUUAUUAGAUCUUCACAAUUGCAUAUCGAUGACAAAAUCCAUUAGUAUUUUGCAAAGUUGUAUAGGUAUGAACAAUACCUACAGGUCCCAUUAUAGCUCUAAUAGUAGUUUUAGAUUGAAAGAACUUAAUCUCAAAUGCUUUGGAGGUCAACAACAUAUCUUGUCUCUUCUCAGCUCCAGAAAAGGGCGUCUAAAUGGUGAUAUAAUUAAGAGGAAGUUUGUGGUAUGCUGCAAUGGUUCCUUGCCUUCUCCAGCCUCUUCAAAUCCCUUUAAUGGCUGGGUUAUAGGAAUCCUGAUAUCAAUAGCUUUACCAUUUUUCCGCUUCAAAUGGGGCUCAUUAUUGCAACUCAAAAAUAAGGUGGAAAAUGUAAUAGAAACAGUAGAAGAUGUAGUAGAUGGGGUGGAAAAAGUGGCUGAGAAAAUAGACGAAGUGGCUGAACACAUUGGGAAUGUUUUACCAGAAAGCCAACUCAAAAAUGUCCUUAAGGCUGUUGAAAAUUUCUCAGAAGAUACAGCUGAGGUUGCUCAUGCUGCUGGAGAUUUCAUUGAUCAGAUACAGGGAGAGGACGUGGAGUUGUUGGUUGAAGAAAAUGUUGAUUUGCCAAAAGACCAACUCAAAGAUUUAUCAGAGAAAACAGCCAAGGUUGCUCAUGCAGCUGAAGAUUUGAAAGAUAAGGUACAAGAGGUGCAGCUUAAAGCCGAGGAGACCUCAGUGAAGUCGUUGGUUGAAUCCGUUAAAGAGGAAGUCAAUAAGAGUUUAUAACACCUAAAAUAUAGGAUUUAUAACACUUUUAGUCCUGAUUAUUGAUAAAUAUUAGUAGUUGUAAUCCUUGUAAUAUUUGAUUAAUUAUAUUUAAUUUUCAAUUAGUUAAAAUAUGC